AUGACAAUUCCAGCUCGUCGGUAGGCUGUUUUAACAGUUUCAGUAAGGGGAGUAGGAUUGGGACUAUAGAUCCCAGAAUGCUAUGCGGUUCCGUCGGCGGUCACGUGAGUGGGCCUGCUCUACGGGCCUUGGGAGCCGGUGGCAAUGUUACGGGAAUCGGGAGGCGGCGACUCUGCCCAGUGGCAGGAGGCCACGUUGCUGGUGCCGAAGGAGGAGCCCGAUGAAUCGCCUCCCGGGCAAGGGGCGCCAACGGCCCGGAAGCCUGGGACUGGGCCCGUCCUGGAGCAGGCCAGAGGCGUGGGCAAUUAUCUGCGUAAAGUGGCUAUGUCUGCUACAAAGAAAGUUUCCGACUCAAUGAGAGAAACUGCCCAAACGAUCAAGAAAUCUGCUGAGGAGCAUAAAAUAGGCAAUCUCCUUGAUAUGACAAUCAUUGGAAACUUCAAUAAGGAGCAAGAAAAAUUUAUGAAAGAGCAAAAAUCAAAGAAAUCAGGAUCAGCCCUUCCACCAUGGGCUGGAUAUAAUGAAGAGGAAACUGUGAAGAAGCAAGUUCUCUCUCUGUCCACAGAUCGCCGGAACUUUCUGCAGGACCCUCCCGUAGGCGUACGAUUUAAUUUUGAUUUCAACGCCGUGGCGCCUGUUGCCAUGGUGAUGCUCCGGGAGGACGAGCUGCUGAGCAAAAUGCGUUUUGAGCUUGUCCCUAAACUCAUAAAGGAAGAGCAGUUCUGGAGAAACUACUUUUACCGAAUCUCUCUCAUUGAACGAUCAGCACAGCUCUUGUCUUUAGCUGCUGGGCAGCCUGUAGGCUCCAGAGAGGAACCAAAUCAUUUAGAAAGCAACUUUCCCACUACAGUGCUUUCCAAGACGUCCCCAGGGCCAAUGAGAAAAACCGAGGAAUCUGUAGGGAUCCACCCUUCAGAAGAGUUUUCAAUAAGCCCAACCGCUAAUGAAUUUGUGAGUGAUGCGUACGGCACAUCGUUGCUGAAUCAAGAAGACGUCUUGAGGGAGAUGGAUCAACUGGGCAUGAGUGGUGGUCAGCCAGCACCUGUUGACAACGCAGAUGACAUCCCCGAGUGGGAGAAAGAGCUGCAGAGAGAACUGCAGGAAUUUGAAAUUGUUCAUGAAACAAUAAACGUUAGUGAAGCCUGGGAGAAAGAAAUUGAGGCAUUGCUUCGAGAAGAGGACUAAAGGGCUUGCAGGAGGAACCUUGUUCCCAUAAUACAUGUUCUAUUGACCCAAGGAAGCAAUAUUUGAUGAACUAAUUUUCUCAAACUAUUUUCAAUGAGAUAAAGAAUACUUUAUUUGGUUCAUAGUAAGAUUUAAGCUUUAAACAUCUCAACACCACCAGCUUAAUAAUAAUAAUCUUAUUUAUCGAGCACUUUCCAUACAGCUGAUAUAGUUCAAAGUGUUUUACAAUGGGAUAAAGUGCAAACAUGAAAAUAAAAGGCAGGAUAAUUAAAUAGGUGAUCUUUUCUGCCUUUUCAUCAUGGCCGAUCCAUUUUCUCUCUCAGCCCCAAUCUCUUGCCUUCUCUCCGUAUCCCUUCAUACCAUGCCUAAUCAAGAAUUUACCAACCUUUGCCUUAAAAGUCACAAUUAAGUCUGCAUUCCUUAUAGUUUAAGAUGUUGAAUUCCACAGUUUAGGAGCAUGGUUCAGAAAAGCUGACCUGUCAAUUAGCGUUUGAAGGAGGUUGUUUAAAUUUAAGAGACCAGCGGUAGACAAAGCUCGAGCAGGGGUUAUUAAACCAAAGCAAUUCUGUGAUGUCCUUCAGUCCCAGAUCAUAAAGAGCUUUAGAAACAAAGAAGAGAACUUUAUAAUCAAUUCUGAAAGGUACAGGAAGCCAAUGUAGUGUUCUGAUAUGAACAGAGUCACCAGAGGGACACUGAACUUAGUGGAUAUAGAAUUGUUUUAUUCACCAAAAAUGAGCAAUAGGCAUCAUAUUGAGACACUCUUGGAGGAAGAGGCCUCCUCGAUCCAAUAUUACGUGACAUUUUGAAUGCUAAAGAUCAAGGUUAACAGCAUGACAAUUCUAUAGUUAAGUAUUUACAAUGCUUCCUUUGAAUUACAUAUAGUUUUCAGAAACACCACCUCUUUUGCACCCACACUCUAGACACCCAAAAUGAAUGUUAAUCUCCUCAGACUUCAUGCAUAUGCAUGCUCCUGGGGUCAAAUGGAAGGCCAUGCUCAGAGCUGCAUUUCAAUUCAAUCUACUGUCCACGCUCAUGUUUGAUGCUGUUAAAAUUAAUAUUUGACAUAGGGUACAUUCUGGAGUUAUGGUCUAACAGCAGAGUAGCUAGGACAUCUUCCCUGAUCCUGGUUUUAGUUUAAAGCUUAAUUAGCUGAAUUUUAGCUUAAUUACUAAUGUUCUCAAUGCACUAUCUGUUUUUUAAUGGUUUUUUAUUGUUAAUAUAUUCUGUAUAAUAUGAGAAAGAAAAGGAUCCAUAUGUGCUUAGAUUUAUCUGUGGUUAUCAGCUGCAACCAAAAGGCAGAUAAAUUUGUUUCUCUGCAGUAUUUCACCUCCCUCUCUAGAAAGGGGUGUGAAACCUGCCUCUUUCCUCUUCACGGCUGACACUCAGGGUGCCCAGAAAGGGUCAUGAUGGGCUGCAAUGCUUGUAGUGUGGUAGGUCACCAAAGUAAGGCAUCGAGAAAUCCCACAAUUCCUUGCAGGCCAAGCUGCAGACACCCAGAGAGCCAGUUAGUCAGAAGGGCCUUUCUGUGCAUGUGGUAAACCUUCAGGGGAAGAUGCUGGUUUGUUCACUUCAUCCCCUCAACAAAUGCAAUGUGUCAGCAGGAAAGCAAAGAAAAAUUUGUCUAAAGGCUGAAAAUUAGGUAAAUAUUAUUCAGAUAGUCUUAUUGUGAACCAUUUAAUCAAAACACCUGGUAGAGUCUUCAGAACUGGCCUUUUAAAAGAGUCUAUAUCCCCCUCAGAUGUUCAAUCAUUGCUUCUACAAAUAAGGAUUGAAACAUGCUCAGAAAUAGUACUUAAAAGUAUAAAAGUAAGUUUUAUCAAAGUACAUAUAUGUCACCACAUACAAUCCGGAGAGUCAUUUUCCUGUGGGCAUACUCAGCAAAUCUAUAGAAUAGUAACUAUAAGAGGAUCAAUGAAAGAUCAACCAGAGUGCAGAAGACAACAAACUGUGCAAAUACAAAUAUAAAUAAAUUGCAAUGAAUAGCAAGAACAUGAGAUAAAGAGUCCUUAAAGUGAGAUCCUUGGUUGUGGGAACAUCUCAACUGAUAGGCAAGUGAGUGUAGUUACCCCCUUUUGUUCAAGAGUCUGAUGGUUGAGGGGUAGUAACUGUUCUUCAGCCUGAUGGUGCAACUCCUGAGCCUCUUGUACCUUCUACCUAAUGGCAGCAGCGAGAAGAGAGCAAGUCCUGGGUGCUGGGGAUCUCUGAUGACAGAUGUUGCCUUCCUACGAAAGCAUUUCACGUAGGUGUGCUCAAUGGUCGAGAAGGCUUUACCUGUGAUGCGCUCGGCCAAAUCCACAAUCUUCUGUAGAACUUUCUGUUCAAAGGCAUCCUACCUUCCCAGAAUAUGGACAGGAAUUUACCGGUAAUCUGCCGUUUGUCUUAUAUUAAGAAAGGAAUCCUAGAAUGCUGAGAGAUCAAGUUAUUUAAUAGUAUUGAUAUAUUUUGUUUAUUUGAGGUGGCUGUUGUGAAAGCGUAAUAUACUUGAAGCGUAAAGGUCUCAAAGCUUCAAAGAUAGACUAUAGUACAAGAGUGAACUAAAUGUAUUUAAUUGAUUUUUAAAAAUUCUAUUAAUGCCUUUUUUAUUCUGUUAAUGCCUUACAUAAAUUGUAUUAUGAUUGGGUUGAUUUGUUCUCCAAUCUUGGGAAUUUUCUUGCAAGUCUUUCGUCAGCACGUGAGGAGACGUGAUCAGCGCGCCGUUGACUGGGGUGUGCCCUCCGAAUGGCUGGCCUUCACGUACUUUUCAAUCAACUGACUGGACGUUGUUGUGAUGUGGGGAGGAGUGCUCAUCGCUGAGUGGUUGUGUGGCGACCUUCAUUCGCUGUGGUCUGGACUUUUGCCCGCAUCGGCUCAUAAAUAGGAUCAAGGUCUACAUAUUUGAUUAUAGACUUGUUCCUGGAAGACCACACUUGUAAGAAUUCCCUUUCAUGCCACAUUUGCUUGCAUCGUGACUUCCACUGCUGCUCAGUAUUAUGUUUAUGGUUACAUUUGAAACUUUGUUUUAUAAAUUGCAUUUGUAUACAUGCUUUCACCCAGAUGUUCUCAGUGAAGAUUACAACUAACAGCAAGCAGAAAUGGAAAGGUAAUCGAUAAGGGAAGUUGCUAAUUAAUGAAUGUAUCUGUAUUCACAAAGUUUUGAUAUCAGACUGACUCAGAGAGUGGGCUAUAUGGUGUCAAGAUGAAUAAAGUAUUUUUUUAGAGAUGAAAA